AUGGAGCGCAGUGCUCCCAUCGUCCUGGAGCAGGAGCAGCAGGUGGGGGCGGCGAGGGAGAAGAAGGUGAGAGCAGCUGCGGGGAGGGAGAGCAGCAGGGGCAGUGAAGGAAGGGAGCUGUUGGAGGUGGCGCAGGCCAUAGCGGGGGACUUGGGGGCGUUUGACAAGCUAGUUAUCAUCGCCAAGGCGAGAGUCGGCACUGCCUCCAACAUCCCUCCUUCCCUCAUCCAUCUCAUUUACGCACUACUUCCCUCCUUUCCCCCGCUUCGACCCUGCUUCUCCUAUUCUGACUUGCAGCCCAAAGGUUCGCACCCCUACGACACUGUCUCCCACAUCCCUCUCAUAAGCCACUGCACCUAUUCGUUCUUUCCCCCCUUCUCCCUCCUCUUCCCUACUCCUCCCAGCUCCGCACCUGCUUCUCCCAUGCCAACGCUCACCUCGCUGUCCACGCCCGGACUCGUGGGAGGCGCUGGUGGUGAAGCUGGGCGAGGUUGCUGGACCUUCUCUCGCUGUCUUGCUGCUCUCUCCCACUGCCCCCCCCUUCGUCUAAUCACCCUCCAGGUGUGCAUUGUGCCACCGUCACUCUCCAUCAUUGUCCCCCAUUACCCAUCCCUUCACCCAUCCCCUUACCCAUCCCUUCACCCAUCCCCUUACCCAUUCCCCCCAUCCCCUUACCCAUCCCUUCACCCAUCCCCUUACCCAUUCCCCCCAUCCCCUUACCCAUCCCUUCACCCAUCCCCUUACCCAUUCCCCCCAUCCCCUUACCCAUCCCUUCACCCAUCCCCUUACCCAUUCCCCCCAUCCCCUUACCCAUCCCUUCACCCAUCCCCUUACCCAUUCCCCCCAUCCCCUUACCCAUCCCUUCACCCAUCCCCUUACCCAUUCCCCCCAUCCCCUUACCCAUCCCUUCACCCAUCCCCUUACCCAUUCCCCCCAUCCCCUUACCCAUCCCUUCACCCAUCGCCUUACCCAUUCCCCCCAUCCCCUUACCCAUCCCUUCACCCAUCCCCCUACCCAUUCCCCCCAUCCCCUUACCCAUCCCUUCACCCAUCCCCUUACCCAUUCCCCCCAUCCCCUUACCCAUCCCUUCACCCAUCCCCUUACCCAUUCCCCCCAUCCCCUUACCCAUCCCUUCACCCAUCCCCUUACCCAUUCCCCCCAUCCCCUUACCCAUCCCUUCACCCAUCCCCUUACCCAUUCCCCCCAUCCCCUUACCCAUCCCUUCAUUCACCCAUCCCCUUACCCAUUCCCCCCAUCCCCUUCCCCAUCCCUUCACCCAUCCCCUUACCCAUCCCUCACGCAUCCCUUACCCAUCCCUUCACUCAUCCCCUUACCCAUUCCUUCACUCAUCCCUCACCCAUCCCUCACCCAUCCCUUACCCAUCCCUUACCAGUCCCCUCACACACUGAUCACGCAUCACUAUCCCUGUGUCCCCCGUUCCUCUCAACCACCCAUCAGACGUGCAUACUCCAAGCAGUACUACCUUCCAUCCCUCGUCACUCGCAAGCAGCCCCUACACUUGCAAUCACGCGUCUCUGUCCCUGUACCUCGCUUCCCCUGUCACCCAUCAGCAGUAAUACCGGCAGGGUCGCCUUCAGCAAGCCUUUAAGAGCAGAACAAUUGGACGGUACAUGGAAGGAUGGGGAAGUAAAAGGGUUCUGA